UCUUUGCGACAGGUCCACAAAUUGUGCCAGGAGGCCGCGCCCCGCAUUCUGGAAGAAUUCCAACCUCAGCUCAUGAUCGCCAUCGGUGGUGGUGGCUACGUGCCUGCUCGAAUUUUGCGAUCCUUUCUCAAGCAGCCCGGCUCCCCCAACAUCCCUAUCCAAGCGAUCGGCCUGUCCCUCUACGAAACCCUCCCUUCCACCCACCCGUCUGCCUCCAACACUCCUGGCGAGGUCGAGCAGCCCGGGACCAAAGUCACUCGAACUCAGUGGGUCGACCUGACGAGUCUGGGGGAGAUGGAGAACCUGGUCGGGAAGCGGAUCCUGAUCGUGGAUGAGGUCGAUGAUACGAGGACGACGUUGGAAUACGCGGUCAAGGAACUGGAGAAAGAUGUUGAGCUCGCCAGACAGAAACUGGGCUACCAGGGGGAGAAGACCAUCUUCUCGAUAUUCGUUCUGCAUAACAAGAACAAGGUGAAGAAAGGCCGUCUUCCAGAGGACAUGCUCAACGAGAAUAGGUACUUGGCAGCUAGAACAGUGGAAGAUGUUUGGAUUUGUUAUCCUUGGGAGGCUACGGAUAUUGAGGAGCACGAUGAGUUGGCUCGACAGCAGCAGUUAGCUGCGAGUAAGUAG